AUCUUUGAAGUGAGAAGCUGGGGGAAGGCGAAGUGAAAGGGUCGGAGACGAAAAGGGGAGGCUGUGGAAGGUGGGGGGACAGGCAGCAGGAAGGUCGGGGUAAGUGAAGGGAAGGUGAGGGGUGAGGAGCUCAGAGAGGACAAGAUGGUCGGUGGGGCGAAUAGGGGAUCCCGCUGGGGUUCCGGGUCGAGUGCAAACCUGAGCGUGUUUGGAAAUUGGGAGACUUGGGGGCGAAGGAGACUUAGGGCCCCCCUCCCGCCUCGGAGACGGGGAGGCAUGUCCGGGGCGUGGGACCCCAGGCUGGUGAGGUUGGCCUUGUUGCAGCAGCUCCGGGCUGUCUAGGGUAUCAAGGUGGAGGGCGGCCGUGGCCUGAGCGAUCGCAGGAGACACGAAGCCGCAGCCACGGAAAUAGUGGGUAAAAUAUUUGGAGUGCCUUUUAAUGCGUUGCCCCAUUCUGCUGUACCUGAAUAUGGACACAUUCCAAGCUUUCUUACGGAUGCUUGCACAUCUUUAGAAGAGCAUAUUCACACAGAAGGACGUUUUAGGAAAUCAGGAUCUGUUACUCGUCUAAAAGUACUAAAGAAUAAAUUGGAUCAUGGUGAGAGCUGCCUGUCUUCUGCACCUCCUUGUGAUAUUGCAGGACUUCUUAAACAGUUUUUUAGGGAAUUGCCAGAGCCUCUUCUCCCAGCUGAUUUACAUGAAGCACUUUUCAAAGCACAACAGUUAGGUACAGAGGAAAAGAAUAAAGCUACGUUACUGAUCUCCUGUCUUAUGGCUGACCACACAAUUGAUGUAUUAAUAUAUUUCUUUAACUUUCUCAGGAAUGUUUCUCUUAGAUCUAGUGAGAAUAAGAUGGAUAGCAGCAAUCUUGCCGUUAUAUUUGCACCAAACCUUCUUCAAACAAGUGAAGUACAUGGAAAGAUGUCUGCUAACACAGAAAAAAAGCUACGAUUACAGAUUUUAUCCUGGAAAAGAUACCGGCUAUGUUGGGUAUUGAUGGUCUCUGUGCUACUCCAUCACUGGAAGGCCUUGAAGAAGCUGAAUGUGAAACUCCUGGUGACUGUAAGAGAAAGCAAAGACAGAGUGUAGGAGAUUUUGUUAGUGGAGCAUUGAAUAAACUUAUAUCUAACAG